GAAACUAUUUGGCCGCCUACUAAGAGCUCGUUGAUUGCACGGAAUACAUCACCUCGCUUCGGCUCAUUGAGACUGUCAAUAAGUGAGGCAAAAUGACCAAGGAACUGGAGAUGUCUGCCUUGCCCAAACUGGCCUUCCUUGGGCCGCCAGGCUCGCACUCGUACCAGUGUGCUCGAAAUGCUUUCGGCUCUAGCGCGGAGUAUGUUGAGAGGCAGACAAUCUCAGAUGUAUUCAAUGCAGUGUCCACAGACAUACCGUUCGCCGUCAUCCCGCAAGAAAACAGUCUAUACGGUUCAGUCACAGAAACAUAUGAUCUGCUCCGAUUACCCGAGGUUGGAGAGCAUAAAUUCGUCCGGGGGGAAGUCGUACUACCCAUCCGCCAUUCUCUGGUUGCACGUAAAGGAGUGAAACUAGAGAACGUACACAGAGUGCUCAGUCACGAACAGGCGUUAGGCCAAUGCGCGCGCUUUCUGUCAGAGAAAUUGCCUGAGGCAACGCGCAUCAAGACGCCAUCCACUUCGGCGGCAGCACAAGCGCUCCUAUCGGACAGUGAGGAAGAUAGAGCAACUGAGAGCGCCGCAAUAUGCUCGUCUCUCUGCGUCACAGUGUUCGACGGGCUGGAUAUCUUGCAAGACGAUAUCCAAGAUAGCAAUUCGAACCGCACACGAUUCUAUAUCCUGGCAAACUCCCUUGAAACGUCGCUCCCACCCGCGUUUCAGCCUCCACCUCCACGGCACGCCCUCGUGCGCGUCUCACUCAAACAACCGUCCGAUACAAGCUCCGAAAUGUCUCCGAAAAAUCGCCUCAUCGCGAUUGUUCUCAGCACGCUAUACACGACAUUCGGAAUGCCUGCGAGGAGGAUAGACAGACGGCCGUCAUUAUCAGACGUGCCCUUCGAGGACGUCUACAUGAUCGAGCUGGAGGACACGGUCAGCACAACGGAUGAGUCUCACGACGCUCUGAGAGAAACGAUGUUUGCGCGCGUGAGAGCCGGGAUUCAGAAGGUGCAAGAUGCAGGCGGUGAAGCAUCUCUACUGGGUAUAUGGUAGUACUCGGGACCAUGCGUAUGCGAAUUGUUUUUUUUUAAAUUUAUUUUAGAUUUCAUGUAAACUUCGACAUCGUCUAUACUAGAUUCUACAAGGC